AUGAGCCCCACCACCAACGUCAAGCCCCACCACAACCUCAAGUCCCACAACCACAUCAAGCCCCACCACAACAUCAAGCCCCACCACAAGCCGCAAACCCCUCCACCCACCUCUAGCCCCACCACCAACCCCAGUUCCCACCACCCCACAUCAGACCCACAACCACCUCAGGCCGACUUCAACAUCAAGCCCCUCCACAACCUCAAGUUCCACCACAACCUCAACUCUACCACAAACUCAAGCCCCAUCACCACAUCUAGCUCCACCACAAACUCAAGCCCAACCACAACCUCAAGCCCCACCACCACAUCAAGCCCCACCACAACCUCAAGUCCCACAACCACAUCAAGCCCCACCACAACAUCAAGCCCCACCACAACCUCAAGCCGCCCCACCCAUUCCACCACCACAUCUAGCCACCACAACAACCUCAAGUCCCACCACCACAACCUCCACCACAAACUCAAGCCCAACACCACAACCUCAAGCCCCACCACCACAUCAAGCCCCACCACCACAUCAAGCCCCACCACCACAUCAAGCCCCACCACCACGUCAGGCCCCACCACCACGUCAGGCCCCACCACCACGAUAAGGCCGACUUCAACAUCAAGCCCCUCCACAACCUCAAGUUCCACCACAACCUCAAGUUCCACCACCACAUCUAGCCCCACAACAACCUCAAGUCCCACCACCACAACGCAAAGCCCGACCACAACCUCAAGCCCCAUCACCACAUCUAGCUCUACCACAAACUCAAGCCCCAUCACCACAUCUAGCUCCACCACAAACUCAAGCCCAACCACAACCUCAAGCCCCACCACCACAUCAAGCCCCACCACAACCUCAAGUCCCACAACCACAUCAAGCCCCACCACAACAUCAAGCCCCACCACAACCUCAAGCCCCUCCACCACAUCUAGUCCCACCACAACGAAAAGUCCCACCACCACCUCAAGUCCCACCACAACGAUAAGGCCCACCACCACGUCAGGCCCCACCACAACCUUAAGUCCUACUACAACGAUAAGCCCCACAACCACCUCUAGUAACCAGGUGUCAUCCAGAGAAGACCAAAAUGGUGCCGAUGAUGACUCAGACAGUGGUCAAUCUAAUGAGGAUUCAUCUACAGAUGACAAAACAAGUGCUGAAGAUGACACUGAUAGUGGUCAAUCUAAUAAGGAUUCAUCCACAGAAGACAAAACAAAUGCUGACGACAACACCAACAGUGGUCAAUCAAAUCAGGAUUCAUCCACAGAAGACAAAACAAGUGCUGACGACAAUACUAAUAAUGGUCAAUCAAAUCAGGAUUCAUCCACAGAAGACAAAACAAAUGCUGACGACAACACCAGCAGUGGUCAAUCAAAUCAGGAUUCAUCCACAGAAGACAAAACAAGUGCUGACGACAAUACUAAUAAUGGUCAAUCAAAUCAGGAUUCAUCCACAGAAGACAAAACAAAUGCUGACGACAACACCAGCAGUGGUCAAUCAAAUCAGGAUUCAUCCACAGAAGACAAAACAAGUGCUGACGACAAUACUAAUAAUGGUCAAUCAAAUCAGGAUUCAUCCACAGAAGACAAAACAAAUGCUGACGACAACACCAGCAGUGGUCAAUCAAAUCAGGAUUCAUCCACAGAAGACAAAACAAGUGCUGACGACAAUACUAAUAAUGGUCAAUCAAAUCAGGAUUCAUCCACAGAAGACAAAACAAGUGCUAAUGACAAUACUAAUAAUGCUCCAAGCCAUCAUUCCAGCUUAAGAACUACCUCAAGACCCUUAAGGGCCACUUCAAGGCGUCGCAGUGCCACAACCCAAAAACCCACAACCCAAAAACCCACAACUCAAAAACCCACAACUCAAAAACCCAAAACUCAAAAACCCAAAACUCAAAAACCAAAGGCACCUCCUACCCCUCAAGCAGUGGCUCCAAAGAAAAACAAAAAAGCAUAAAUAAUUUAAGUAUUUUUGUAUUUCAUGUUAAGCACAAUUUAAUAUAAUCUUUUUUUUCUUUCGUAGAAUAUUUAUUAAGAUGUUUAUGUUAUCAGUGAAUUAAGAUCAUAAACCAGAUUAUUGUACUGUUGGCUGUUUAGUUUUAAAUCACUAUAUAAGUCAAAGAAUAUGUACUGUAUGAUUCUAAUUAUAAAUAUAUUUCUGCAUUUCUAGCGCAAAUUAUAUAUAUAUAUAUAUAUAUAUAUAUACGUUUUGAAUUGCUUAUUUAUUAAGAUGAUUGUUUGUUGUUUAAGUGAAAUAUGGUCUGGGACCAAAUUAUUUGACCUUUGUUUGUUGUUUCAGUGAAUUAUGGUCAGGGACCAAAUUACUUUACCUUUGUCUUGCAAUUGUAAGUUAUUGAAAUAAGAGUUUUAGCAUUUUACUGCUUGUUUUCUCAAACUUUAGGGAUGUUUUAGGAGACACUUAGAGGAUAAUUUUAAGUGAGAAAAUUACUUUUUCUGCAGGUUAUAUGUAAACUAACAUACUGAUUUCUUUCUUUUUAUUUAUUUAUAAAAAUGUAAUAAGAUGGUAUUUAUUUAAGACAACAUGAUAUUUAAUACUGAGGACAUGCUAGUAUGAUCAGAUUAUCACGGAUAAUAAAAUAAAAACAUUUCU